GUGGUGAUCAAGUCCCUCAUGUCCAUGCUGAGAUUCGACCAGUACCGCCUGAAGUUCUAUCAAGACACCAACGGCGUCGGUGCCCUGUGCGACCUGGUUAUUAACAAAGCCGCCAACUUCCAAAUGCAGUAUCAAGUGGUCUUUUGCUUCUGGCUCAUGACCUUCAACAGUGACAUCGCACAGACCAUCUCCAAACGACACAUACCCUCCGUCAUCUCGAACGUCUUGGCCAAGUCCAGCAAAGAGAAGGUGGUCAGGGUGGCCACGCUGACGCUACGAAAUAUCCUGGAGAAGUCGGGUUACAAGAUUAAAGAGAACGUGGAGAUUAUGAUAUCAAACAAACUGCAGCGCCAACUGCGACUUAUUCAGUCAAAGAACUGGAAGGACGAGGAUAUCAAGGACGACGUAGAGUAUGUGGUAGAUACCAUGCAGAACUAUGUGACCGAACUUAAUUCGUUUGACGAGUACGCCAUUGAGGUGCGUUCAGGUGACCUCAAAUGGAGUCCUAUGCACAAAAGCGAGGCUUUCUGGCGGGACCAUGUGAUGCGACUCAACGACAAUGAACACGAGAUGCUGAGGAUGCUGAUUACUAUUCUGGAAGAGAGCAAUGAUACCACGGCGAUGUCUAUUGCGUGCCAUGACUUGGGAGAAUACACGCGACACUACAGUCUGGGGCGAGCGAAUGUGGAGCAAUUGGGUGGAAAGGCCGAACUGAUCAAAUUAAUCAGCCAUCCCGAUAGCAGUGUACGGUACGAGGCCCUGGUUGCAACCCAGAAGAUGAUGGUCAAGUCAUGGUAG